AUGACCUCAUUGUUUCUUUCUUCCCUUCGGCAAGGCGCUCAAUACGCGGCUCUCCCUUCCCUCGUUUCAGGUUGUCUCCUGACAGCUCACACGGCUACUGCAUCCUCCCAUGGUGGCAAUAAUCCGGCGUAUCCCACCACCAAAUGUGACUCAGCAGCAUCGCGUUCCCCCUCGUUGUUACGACGCCGGAUGACGGCCGUUGGAAGAUUUUCCCUUUUGUCGGAAACCCGCAGCAAUCCUUCCAUUCCGGUGCUGGUCUUGGCCCUAUCCGGCAAACCGCUGAGGGCUCAAGACUUCUCCCGACUGUACCAACAACGGGAAAUGGGAGAAAAACACUAUCGCUUCCGAUCCGUCACCAAGGAUGCUACACACUUUUCACUAGUGCCAUCUCAAGACUUUGAACUCCCCAUUCAGGAGAGUCUGGUGUACCCACUGAUCUAUCGACGAGAACUCAAGGCUUGGAUAACCGACCUUUUGUUGGAGCCAUUGGAUCUUUCCAAAAGUCUAUGGCAAGUCAAGACGGCUACUGGUGGAAACAUUGGGCAGUCGGGUGCCAUUUCGACGACCAGCAGUAGUACGGAAGACGAUGAAACAACGACGACUUCUGUUCCAUUGGAAAGGCACAAUCAACUGUUGGAUGAUAAUGUCGAGUCUCUUCUUUUAUUUCGAGCUCAUCAUUGCAUGGCGGACGGAGUCAGUCUAGGAGCACUCUUUGUGGAUUUCAUGGACGAACGGGAAGAGAUGGAGGAAAUGCUGGCAGGAAAAAUUGGUGAUUUCAAAAAGAACCGUAAAAGGAAGUCUUGGUUUCAGAAAUUGUUGGUGAUGAUAUACUAUUGGGGCUGGGGAUCCGUCAAGACGUUUGGUUAUCAAUUAUAUCUAUACUGUGCCAACUUGAAGAGUACACUCUCUAGAUCCAACCCUUGGAAAAAGCUGCGACGAGCUUACGAAGCCAAGUCCAAGUCCGAAGGUUCUUCCAAACGAACACUUUCCUGGGUCAGUGUUUGUCCAGUGGAUGAAGUGAAGGAGGUUGCAGAGCACUUUUCCACCAAAAAGCAAAAGGUAACCAUCAAUGAUAUCUUUUGCAGUUGCAUAAGCGCGGCCAUUGCCAAACUCAUUCAAUACCAUCAAGCACAAAAUCCCGAGCUUUCCCUAAGAUUGCCCUACAUGAACUUGGUCAUGCCCGUCCACAUGUUUGGCGGAGUACUAUUGCCAGGACAUUCCAUGGGAAAUAAAAUUGGUGCCAUGGUCAGCCGCAUUCCCGGGACAAACACCACAUCUUGUACGGAACGACUGAUGCAAGUGCACAACACCUUGUAUGCCCGCAAAAUGACACCGGCCGCGGUUUGGUCCUACCUCACGGCCAAAGCGGUUGGAACGGUCGGAUUCGGUGGCGGCAGCAGCGGCCCCAUUGACAGUAGCGCCGCAGACAAUACCUUUAUUCCAUGGGCGUUUGAAAAAUCUCACGCCAAUGCUUCCGUGGUGGUGACCAAUGUUCGAGGACCCGAGACGAUGGUGCAUUUGGACGGUCGGAGAAUAGAACGUUUCUUGGGAUUCCUCCCACUUCCACCAGGAAUUCCAGUGGGAAUGGUGGUGCAAUCCUAUGCCAAUAAUCUGACGUUGACCAUCAUGGCCGAACCUUGGGCUGUUCCAGAUGCCAUGGGAGAUCUCUUUCUUUCUUGGGUGGUGGAAGAAUACGAUGCUUUGCGAAAGCAAGCUAAUAUCCAACCAAUGAAGCAAUAG